GGAGGUAAUUAGGUGACAUCAACCAAAACAGGAAAUGUCGGAAGCACAUGUUGAACUGUAAACAAGUUAUAUUUGAAAAUGAGGGAAACGCCGUUGUCAACUUGUGAAAAAGAAUUCAUUUUGAAAAUCAUUGCAGAUAAAAAGCGACUGGACGGAAGACAAACGUACGACUAUCGGAAGAUCCGAAUAUCAUUUGGUAUUGACCGAGGGUCUUGUCAGGUUCAGAUUGGUGACACCAGGGUUCUGGCACAGGUGUCUAGUGAAAUUACUGUUCCUAAGCCAACUCGCCCAACAGAUGGAAUUCUCUUUGUUAAUGUUGAGCUGUCUCCAAUGGCUAGCCCUAGUUUUGAACCAGGUCGCCAAUCUGAGUUUGGAGUUGAGCUAACCCGUUUGUUGGAGCGAUGCCUCAAAGAAUCGCGCUGCAUUGACACCGAAUCCCUGUGCAUCGUUGCUGGUCAGAAAGUUUGGAGCAUUCGUGUAGAUGUUCAUGCUCUCAAUCAUGGUGGGAAUUUACUCGACUGUGCCAGCAUGGCAGCCAUCACAGCCCUAGCACAUUUCAGACGACCCGAUGUGACUGUAUCUGGUGAAGAAGUGACUGUUCACCCCCCGGAGGACCGCGACCCUGUUCCACUGAGUAUUCAUCACAUGCCAGUCUGUGUGUCAUUUGCGUUCUUUGAACAAGGAAAAUUUCUGUUAGUAGACCCCAGUCUUAAGGAAGAGAAAGUGAUGGAUGGAAAGAUGGUAAUAGGGAUGAAUAAACACAGAGAGAUUUGUAUGCUUCAAAUAACAGGAGAAAUGUUAUUGCUCAAAGAUCAGGUUUUGAGAUGUUCCAAUGUUGCUGUUGUCAAAGUUACAGAAAUCACAGAACUUAUCCAGAAAGCUCUCUUAAAUGACAAAAAGGAGAGGGAGUCAGGAGGAAAAUGUGGGUUUGCCGACUCAGCAGAUGUAUUUAAGAUCAACGUCCACCAGACCGAGGCCCAGGAUGUUGAGAUGAACGGGCAGGAAGUCAACAGAGAUGAGAAUAAUAUGGAAACAGGCAAUGGAGAGAACGGGUUUGGUGACAGUGUGAAGGUUUCUAUUUUGGGCAAGGGUCUAGCAGUGAUUGGAGAGGGAGGCCCGAAUACAUGGGACGUUGACGAAGACAUAGAAGAAGAGCUCCAGGAGGAAGGGGAAGUAACUGAUGUUAAUGCAGCACAGCAAAGAAAAUCUAAAUCUGAAAUAGAACAGAGAGUGCAGGAGUUUUUGACCAGAGCAAGGAAAGAAACCGAUGUACACAGUAGUGAAGACAGUGAAGAAGAGUCAGUGGUUGUGUUACAGGAUGUGGAGGGAUCGUCUCAAAGCAAGAUGAGAAAAAUCCCAGAACAGAUAGACCUCACUGGUUCGGCUAUCAUUGAUCUGACAAAAUCACAAAAAAGUGAAAAAUCGACAGGGAAAAAUCCAAAAACGAAGAAAAAGAAACGAAAAUGAAGUCAUGAAUUAUUUUGUAUUUUUGUAUAGUUGUGUACAUAAAGACAAUAAAAUUGGUUAUCAUGUU